AUGGAUGUUAAUUACGACAAUGAUAAUUAUAGUUAUGGUCAUGGUGAUUUUCGACCAGCUGCUGGUCGAAAACGAAAGGAAGUAACCACAUCAAUUCAAACAAUCACGUAUUGGAACGAUCAAUUAAUUAAUUUAAAGAAUAUAGAUAGAUAUGAGGAAACAGACGAACAAAAAGAAGAUGAAGAUGAUGAUGACAUCGACGAGUUGAAUAGUACUGAUUAA